UGGAAUGUGGGAAGAUGUGAGUGGGGGGCACUGCGAGGGAAGAGGAGAUGGCGGGAGGGGGAGAUCCCCAGGCAGCUUCUCUGCCCCAUGGGACACAAGUGCAGAGGGGCGAAGAGACUCUCUUCUCCAGGAACUGGUGCCCCCAGCUUUGGGAGUGAUGGGGGGCAAGGUGGGGAACUAACCCCUCAGGGCGCAGAGGCUACAAGGCAAAACCCAGCCCCCCACCCACACACUGCUCCCUGUGUGUUACUGUCACACACAUUCGUGCUGAUGGGGUCUGUGUGUCUUGAGUGUUGGGGGCUGCCCGGGGCCCUGGUCUGAUUUCCCUGCAGGUUUCCGAUCUCAGCCACACCAGAGUCAGACCAGAGUCACUGCUGGCUAUGGCAGGGGGAGAGUGUGGAUGUGCCAAUGGGAUCAGCCUCUGCCUGCCUGUCCCCGGGGGCUGCAGGGGGAGUCCAGGGCUGCUCAUUCUUCAGGCUGAGGAAUCACGUCCACAUUUCACUCCAGAUCGGCCCAUCUUCCAGAGGAGAGGGAAGGGAAAUGGCUGUGAUGGAGCCAGCUCAGAUGCUGGUGACCUUUGAGGAGGUGGCUGUGUAUUUCACCCAGGGGCAGGGGGCUCUGCUGGACCCCGCUCAGAGAGCCCUCUACAGGGACGUCAUGCAGGAGAACUACAAGACGGUGACCUCGCUGGUGGGAUUUCCCAUUCCCAAGCCUGAGCUGAUCACCCGGCUGGAACGAGGGGAAGAGCCAUGGGGGCCCGAUCUCCCGGCCUGGGAGGAAAGAAGGCUUGUGAAAUGCGCCUGCACAGCGCAAUGACUCCUGUCUGGAUUGUCUCUCUCCCCGUAGGUCCUGAGCGAGGGAGAGAGAAUGAGGAGGGGAAUCAUCAUGAGGAAG